GGAACAGGCGCCUGCCCGUGACUCGCCCUCCUCUCCCCUCCCACUCCAGCCUUCGCCCCCAACCUUUGAUUUCUCCUCGCAGGCGACAAUCUACACUGGGGAAAACAGGAUCACUUCUGUGCUCCCAUAAGUUUCUUCUUUUACUCCUCACCCUUUGCUUUCAGCAACCGAGGCCUCCAGCCGCCACCUGAGGGGGACGCCCAUCUGAUCCUUGAAGCCUUCCCACAGCACUGGGGCCAUUGCCUACCCCCGGACUGGGGCAGCAGGGAAGGAGGGCAGGAGGUGGGGAGCUUAGCACAGUGGGGGAAAUCUGGCUGGGUCCAAAGCUCGGCCAGGCUCUUGAAUUUUUCUGGCUCUGAAACUUGAGCAAAUGACUUAAUUUUGCUGGGCCACUGUAGGGGAGACAAGAGUCAAGGAGAUGGUGUGGGCGAAGCAGCUGGCCCAGGGCCAGUCCCGGAGUCUGCUCCCAGUGGCAGUGGCCGUAUCCUCACCCCCAGCGCUCAGACCCAGCCUGGGUCAGGAUGUGCUCAGUAAUGGUCCAAGUGCCCUUUUAAGCCGGCUGAACCUGUAUAUUCAUCUGUGGUGAAGGAAUGGACCAAACACCUUCCCUGGAAUGCUGCCAGGAAUAGAGAGAACAUGGAUAACGCUCCCCAUGUGCCCUGGGCCACAGGUGUGAUGGAACUGGUGCCGGCCUUUGCCAGCUGUGUGGCUUCAGCCAUGCUGCUUCAGUUCACUGAGCCUCAGUUUCCCCAGCUAGAGACAGGGUUCUUAAGACUGCCCAGGAUGUGCCUAGCAUGGUCCCUGACACCUAGUGAGUGGUGGGCACCUGGUAGUCAUUGUUUCUGCUAGAACUAACAAUUGUUGUUGCUAUUAGUAAUCAAAAAUAAAACAAAAAACAGAUGAUGAACACAGUUCUUCCUGAGGCAGAUGGGUUAAAGGGCAGGAAAAAAUCCCUUGGUCCAAGUGGAGCCCAAAGUGGAUGCCACACAGGUAAAGAAGCAGGAAAAAAGUUCAGAGGGCUUGGAUAGGAAAGGGGUGGAGAGACCCAGAGCCGACCCCCGGGUGGGCAGGAACAUGACCCACAGAGAUCAGGAGAUAGGCAGGUCAGUCCAGGGGAUGGGUAAGCCCCCAAUCUGAUGGGAGAGAGCUAUCCUGAGCUCUGGGAGAGACAGGACACACACAUGCAAACACAGCAGUAGUGUUGGGGGCGCACAGUGGGGCCGUGUAUGUUCUAGACAGGCAGACCUGAGGGCUAGUUUCUGGUCCCAGAGGUUGGGGGCUGGGGUUACUGGGAGGAUUGAAGCUAGGCCACAGAACAGGGAGGCUGGGCACUCACUUGUCCCCAAAUGUUUGCUGAGCACCUCCUGUGUUCCAGGCCCUGGAUGAGACGCUGGGAAGGCAGCCACACCCUGCCCCUGUGGAACUCCCUGCUCCUACCUCCAGAGAGGUGGUAGAAGAGCCAGGCCCUGGUCCAAGGUUCCUGAGGGGCCAGGGGCACAGAGCCUGGAGGCUUCAGAGGCUGGGGUGAUCCCAGUGCUAGUGCAGGCCUGUCCGUACACUGGCCCACCAAGCAGCGGGUGGCAUGGAGCUCCUGGCUCCCGGGGCCCCCAGGGGGGUUGCUGGGCAGAGAAAUUGAGUCUCGGGGGAGUGUGUCUGUGCCACCUGCUAUCCUGCCCUGUCUGUGAUGUCUCCCCAACCCAGCCUCUUCCCUCUGCCUCUGUUUCCCCACCCCAGCUCUUUGAGGCUCAGAGGGGCUCGCCUGUCUGCCUCUCAGUCAUUCUGUGUCCACUCUGUCACCCUUUCUCUGUGUUGGCUUUUUUUGGGGUUGUGAGGGCUUGGGGGAACCCAGCUGGACUCGGGUGAGGCCAGCACAGACUGGGAAGGAGUUCAGCCUGUUCUCUCAGCUCUGGGUACCCAGGUCCCAGAAGGCACUGAACCUCUUCCCCUGGGCCCCUGGUUCUGGCAGGAGGGCAGCAGGCAGGGUUGGAAGGGAUCAGUGUCCCCUCUACCACUCCCUCCCUGGUGCCCUCCUAACCAGAGCCCACCUCCCAGCCUGGAUUCCCCUCUCCCAUGAGGGUGCCCACUCACAUCUGAAGGCAUGGUCCUCCUACCUGCCUGUAGCCCCCUCACCCCGUGUCUCUCUUGGUCUCUGUCUUCCUGCGUGUUUUUCCCUCCCUGUGACUGUCUCCCCACGACCUCUUGCCCCAACCCCACCCCAGAGAAAGGAACUUGGGGGGUGGGGGCUGAGCUGAUGCUACGUUCGGGGUUGGGGAACCAGGAGUGAGGAAAGAAAGGAAAAGGGGGCAUGUUGCCAAAAAAGAAACGAAAGCAAUUUAAUCUCUUUUUUUUUUCUCUUUUUUUCUUGCGCAUUUUUUUUCAAUUUGUUUUUUCUCUCUCUUCCGAUGCUUAAAGUAGAAGUGGAGCAGAAAGUCUUCGUGUGCCCAGGGACGCUGCAGAAGGUGCUGGAGCCCACCUCAACGCAUGAGUCGGAGCACCAGUCUGGCGCGUGGUGCAAGGAUCCACUGCAGGCAGGUGACCGCAUCUACGUCAUGCCCUGGAUCCCUUAUCGCACAGACACGCUGACCGAGUAUGCCUCGUGGGAAGACUACGUGGCUGCACGCCACACUACCACCUACCGCCUGCCCAACCGCGUAGAUGGUACCGGCUUCGUGGUUUACGACGGCGCUGUCUUCUACAACAAGGAGCGCACGCGCAAUAUCGUCAAGUACGACCUGCGCACACGCAUCAAGAGCGGGGAGACAGUCAUCAACACGGCCAACUACCAUGACACCUCUCCCUACCGCUGGGGGGGCAAGACCGACAUUGAUCUGGCUGUGGACGAGAAUGGGUUGUGGGUCAUCUAUGCCACUGAGGGUAACAAUGGGCGGUUGGUGGUGAGCCAGCUCAACCCCUAUACGCUACGCUUCGAAGGCACAUGGGAAACAGGAUACGACAAGCGCUCUGCAUCCAACGCCUUCAUGGUGUGCGGGGUCCUCUAUGUGCUGCGCUCAGUCUAUGUGGAAGACGACAGUGAGGCGGCUGGCAACCGUGUGGACUAUGCCUUUAACACCAAUGCUAACCGCGAGGAGCCAGUCAGCCUGGCCUUCCCUAAUCCCUACCAGUUUGUCUCCUCCGUGGACUACAACCCGCGCGACAACCAGCUCUACGUCUGGAACAACUACUUCGUGGUGCGCUAUAGCCUGGAGUUUGGACCCCCUGACCCCAGUGCCGGCCCAGCCACUUCCCCUCCCCUCAGCACGACCACCACAGUCCAGCCCACACCCCUGACCAGCACAGCCUCACCCACAGCCACCACCCCACUUCGCCGGGCACCCCUCACCACGCACCCAGUGGGUGCCAUCAACCAACUGGGACCUGACCUGCCUCUAGCCACCGCCCUGGCCCCUAGCACCCGGCGGCCACCAGCCCCCAAUCUGCACAUGUCCCCAGAGCUCUUCUGUGAACCUCGAGAGGUGCGACGGGUCCAGUGGCCAGCCACCCAGCAGGGCAUGCUAGUGGAGAGGCCCUGCCCCAAGGGCACUCGAGGAAUUGCCUCCUUCCAGUGUCUACCAGCCCUGGGGCUCUGGAAUCCCCGGGGCCCUGACCUCAGCAACUGCACCUCCCCCUGGGUCAACCAGGUGGCCCAGAAGAUCAAGAGCGGGGAGAAUGCAGCCAACAUUGCCAGUGAGCUGGCCCGCCACACCCGGGGCUCCAUUUAUGCAGGAGACGUGUCAUCCUCUGUGAAGUUGAUGGAACAGCUGCUGGACAUCCUGGAUGCCCAGCUGCAGGCUCUGCGGCCCAUUGAGCGAGAGUCAGCUGGCAAGAACUACAAUAAGAUGCACAAGCGGGAGAGAACCUGCAAGGACUACAUCAAGGCUGUAGUGGAAACAGUGGACAACCUGCUGCGGCCAGAAGCUCUUGAGUCCUGGAAGGACAUGAAUGCCACAGAGCAGGUGCAUACGGCCACCAUGCUCCUGGAUGUCCUAGAAGAAGGUGCCUUCCUGCUGGCCGACAAUGUCAGGGAGCCAGCCCGCUUUUUGGCUGCCAAACAGAAUGUGGUCCUUGAGGUCACGGUUCUGAACACAGAGGGCCAAGUGCAGGAGCUGGUGUUCCCCCAGGAAUACCCAAGUGAAAACUCCAUCCAGCUGUCAGCCAACACCAUCAAGCAGAACAGCCGCAACGGGGUGGUCAAAAUUGUCUUCAUCCUCUACAACAACCUGGGUCUCUUCCUGUCCACUGAGAAUGCCACAGUGAAGCUGGCAGGUGAAACGGGCACAGGCAGCCCAGGGGGCACUUCCCUGGUGGUGAACUCGCAGGUCAUCGCAGCUUCCAUCAAUAAGGAGUCCAGCCGAGUCUUCCUCAUGGACCCUGUCAUCUUCACCGUGGCCCACCUGGAGGCCAAGAACCACUUCAAUGCUAACUGCUCCUUCUGGAACUACUCGGAGCGCUCCAUGCUGGGCUACUGGUCGACCCAGGGCUGCCGCCUGGUGGAGUCCAACAAGACCCACACCACAUGUGCCUGCAGCCACCUCACCAACUUUGCCGUACUCAUGGCUCACCGCGAGAUCUACCAGGGUCGCAUCAAUGAGCUGCUGCUGUCAGUUAUCACCUGGGUGGGCAUCGUGAUCUCCCUGGUCUGCCUGGCCAUCUGCAUCUCCACUUUCUGCUUCCUGCGGGGCCUGCAGACCGACCGCAAUACCAUCCACAAGAAUCUGUGCAUUAACCUCUUCCUGGCUGAGUUGCUCUUCCUGGUCGGCAUAGACAAGACUCAGUACGAGAUUGCCUGCCCCAUCUUCGCUGGUCUGCUGCACUACUUCUUUCUGGCUGCCUUCUCUUGGCUGUGCCUGGAGGGUGUGCACCUCUAUCUACUGCUGGUGGAGGUGUUUGAGAGCGAGUACUCCCGCACCAAGUACUACUACCUGGGCGGCUACUGCUUCCCAGCCCUGGUGGUAGGCAUAGCAGCUGCCAUCGACUACCGCAGCUACGGCACGGAGAAGGCUUGCUGGCUCCGAGUGGAUAAUUAUUUCAUCUGGAGCUUCAUUGGGCCCGUCUCCUUUGUUAUCGUGGUGAACCUGGUGUUCCUUAUGGUGACCCUGCACAAGAUGAUCCGGAGCUCGUCUGUGCUCAAGCCAGACUCCAGUCGCCUUGACAACAUUAAAUCCUGGGCCCUGGGGGCCAUCGCACUACUCUUUCUGCUGGGCCUCACCUGGGCUUUUGGCCUCCUCUUCAUCAACAAAGAGUCAGUAGUCAUGGCUUAUCUCUUCACCACUUUCAACGCCUUCCAGGGGGUCUUCAUCUUCGUCUUUCACUGCGCCUUACAAAAGAAGGUGCACAAGGAGUACAGCAAGUGCCUGCGACACUCCUAUUGCUGCAUCCGCUCCCCGCCUGGGGGCACUCACGGCUCACUCAAGACCUCAGCCAUGCGGAGCAACACCCGCUACUACACAGGGACCCAGAGCCGAAUCCGGAGGAUGUGGAAUGAUACCGUAAGGAAACAGACAGAAUCCUCCUUCAUGGCUGGUGACAUCAACAGCACCCCCACACUAAAUCGAGGUACCAUGGGGAACCACCUGCUGACCAACCCUGUGCUGCAGCCCCGUGGGGGAACCAGCCCCUACAACACCCUCAUUGCUGAGUCAGUGGGCUUCAACCCCUCCUCACCCCCUGUCUUCAACUCCCCAGGGAGCUACCGGGAACCCAAGCACCCCUUGGGAGGCCGGGAAACCUGUGGCAUGGACACGCUGCCCCUCAACGGCAACUUCAACAACAGUUACUCCUUGCGAAGUGGGGAUUUUCCUCCAGGGGAUGGAGCACCAGAGCCACCCCGAGGCCGGAACCUGGCAGAUGCUGCCGCCUUUGAGAAGAUGAUCAUCUCGGAGCUGGUGCACAACAACCUGCGGGGCAGCAGCAGCGGGGCCAAGGGCCCUCCACCACCUGAACCCCCUGUGCCACCUGUGCCAGGGGGUGGCAGUGAGGAAGAGGCGGGUGGGCCCGGGGGUGCUGACCGGGCGGAGAUUGAACUUCUCUACAAGGCCCUGGAGGAGCCUCUGCUGCUGCCCCGGGCCCAGUCGGUGCUGUACCAGAGUGAUCUGGACGAGUCAGAGAGCUGCACGGCGGAGGACGGGGCCACCAGCCGGCCCCUGUCCUCCCCUCCUGGCCGGGACUCCCUCUAUGCCAGUGGGGCCAACCUGCGGGACUCGCCCUCCUACCCGGACAGCAGCCCCGAGGGGCCCAGCGAGGCCCUGCCCCCACCCCCGCCCGCACCCCCAGUUCCCCCUGAAAUCUACUACACCUCGCGCCCACCGGCCCUGGUGGCUCGAAACCCCCUGCAGGGCUACUACCAGGUGCGGCGGCCCAGCCAUGAAGGCUAUUUGGCAGCCCCAGGCCUCGAGGGGCCAGGGCCUGAUGGGGAUGGGCAGAUGCAGCUGGUUACCAGCCUCUGAGGGACCUCAUGGACCAUGGGCUGGUGGCCCAGGCCAGGGAGGGAACCCUGGGAAGGGCUCUGGUGGGAGAGGGAGACUGAAGGAGGCAGUGGCUGGUGGGCCACCCUCCAGGCGUCCCUUGUCCAAAGUCCCUGUAGGCCACUUGGGGGCUCUGCUGUGGGGACCUGAGGUGCAGGGUUCAUAGACAGGGUUUCCCACCAGCCACAUGCACCAGCUUGAUUUGGGGGAAGUGCCAUGAGGAAGAGCCAGGAGGUCCCCAGGGGAGUAAGGAAGGAGAAAUUGGAAGGGUGCAGCCCACUCUUGACUUCCCCCUCCCCUCAACUCUUCCUUCUGCUGGAGGGAAAUGAAGGAUUGGUAUCCCUGGGCCAAAGGCUCUGCUGGCUGGAACCUGUCAGUUGCUCCUCUUUCUGUAGCCAGAAAUGCUGGGCUACACCAGGAGGGAGCAGUGGGGGGCAGAAGGACAGAAGGACAGGUUCCUCCUGCACUACAGUUCCCUGGCUCCCUGGAGACCAGGGCCUCUGGCCAAGGAUAAAAGCCCCAGAGCCAGCAGAAUGGGCAUUUGUGGCUGGUGGUUUAAAGGUUGAAUUUUCUCUGAAGCUCCUUCCCUCUGCUCUUAGUCCCUGCCUCCCCAGCAAGCCUGCCCCCUCAGCCCUCCUCAAGUACACCCAAUGACCCCCUCCCUUGGGGUGACUCCUGAUGAAGCACAACUCCCCAAAGGGCCCCCAGCCCACAGGGGUGGCCAUAUUUGGGCAGUUCCAGUCCUGUGGGCUCAGCUAUCUGGGGAGCAGAUUUUGGGUCUGGAUCUCCCUGGGGAGUGGGUCCUGGGCUUGGAUCUUUCCCUAGGGGGCCCUUGUUCUCUUCCUCUCUCUUCCUCCCUUAUUGCUGUAAAUAUUUCAACGAAAUGGAAAAGACAAAAAAAAAAAAAAAAAAAGAAAAGAAAGAAAAUCUCAUCACUUGAAGCCACCAGGAGCCUGUGGCCCAGCCAGCCCAGGCUUCCUCCGGAGCAGAGUGCCGCCUCUGGAUCCUGGCAGCCAGGACUUCUCUGUAUAUGUGUGCAUCCCCAGCCGGGUGGGCGGGCCGCCAGAGCAGCUUUUCACAGUCCAGAGACAAAAAAAUCUAGAAGCAACAGCAAAACAAAGAACCCGUUUCCUUCCUGGCACCCGUUUCUGUCAUCUCCUUCCCUGCUCCGCCUGCCCCUGGCAUCAGUCAGCCUUCCUGGGGUGUGUACCUCACUGCCUGCCCCAGGAUUGGGGGCCUGUCUCCCCCUUUCCUCCCCACUGGCCUGGGGGAGGCACCCCUCACACCCAAAGAUGCUUUUGCCAAGAUGGCUGUGCUGUCCUUUUGAGUUCCUGCCUCUUGUCUUUUGCUUCUGGAAUUCAGCUGGGGAUGAGGAGUUGAUUUCUUUCCUAGAAAGGUUCAUGGGGGAAGGAAGAUGAAGGCAGCAGGGUUUGAUGUGACUGAGGAGGGAGGGCUGGGAGUGAUAAAAUAGUUGUCUUUGGGGGUGGGGGCGGGCACAAAGGUGAGAGAUCACCUUCCCUACUCUACACCCUCCUGCAGAGGAGGCAAAGCCAGACACUAGGGCCUGGAGUCAGGAUACCCGUGUUCUGGAGGCUCAAGCCCAAACCUGUGGACUCUAAAAGUGUCAGGCUUAACAUGUCUCCUGAGUACCUCUUCUAGCCCCAUCCUCUCUAGCCUGUCACCCUGGCCCUCCCAGAGGCCCCCCAACUCUGGGGAGUAACAUAGUCCCAUUUCCAUACUAACCCAGCCCCAUAAUUGCCAUUUCCCCAGGGGUGGCCCUCACCUCUGCUCUGACCCCUUGUCUCUUGUCCCUCUUUUCUCACAAGUGCCAUGAGUUUUCAAACAUCUUUGGGUCUCAGCCUGCUGCUGCCAUGAACUUAUUUGGGUUAAGGGGGAGGGGUUCUAGGGAGGAACUAGAGAAAAGGGACAGGUAGGUGGCUGGAGGAGCCCUUUUUGCUGCUAGAAAGCCCCUCCCUUCAGGGGAGCUGGGGCUGGCUUGUCCCCAUCAGGGGAGAAGGGGUCAGACCAAAGAUGGUGGUUUGUCCUGUAUAGGGGGACAGGAGUGGGGAGAAGGCAGUGUUGGGUUCCAUCUCUGGCUUUUUCUAGUAGGGAGGCUUUUACUAGAAGAGCAUGAGUGAGUCGGGACCCAGAAGAGAAGUAAGGGUGGGGACUAGCUUGCCCAGGUGACUCUGAGGAGGGUGGGAGCCAGCUCCAUGGCCUGCUUUGGCUUUAGGGGGCCAGGAGUUUGCUCCACUGUGGGAGGGGCAGCUGGAGAUCUGAGAUGCUGGUGGGAAACAAGGGUAGAUGGAGGAGUUGGCCUGACUCAGGCACCAGCCCAGCUAGAGACAGAGGCUGCCUCUUAACACCAGCAAGAGGGCUGGAAGAGUUGGCAGGGUGUGAGAGCUUCCAGGGGGACUGGAGGCAUGCAAGGAGCCCCUCAUCUUCCCUUGCCCAGCCCUCUUUUUAUCUCCAGACCGACAAUCAAAGGGAGAGAGAGGGUGCAGUGGAUCCCUUGGUUCCCAUUUCAGCCAGAAUCACCAAGGUGAAUUCCUAGGUCUCAAAGCUAUGUGGCAGGGCCCCCUGGUGGGGCUGAACACCACUGCAGUCCAGUGCAAAGCCACCAAGGAGAGCCCAGGUGUUCGUCCCCCCCCACCCCAACCAGACCUGGUGCCUUGACGCCCCCAACCCCAGCUGGGACGGUAUAGAGAAGGAAGGGUCUUGGUUUCCUCUCCUAUUCCCUUCCUUGGGCUCCUGAGUUUAUUUGCUUCUAGGUUUUGUUAUUUUUAUCUGGGAUUUUGUUUUGGUUUGUUUAUUUGUUUUUCUCUUGGUUUCCCUUGCCUUCCUUUCUCUGUGUCUCCUCCACCUCUUUCCCAGUUUUUUCCUCACUGUCUCUGUGUUCCUCUUCUCUCAUCCUCAAUUUCUCUUUGUCCAUUCAGGCCUCCCACCCUCCAUGCCCCCAGUCCCUCCUUGGUCUCCUUUUCGAUAUGCCAAACCAAUUUUGGGUCGAGUGCAUUUAACGAGAACAAAACAAAAGGCUCAUAACAACAAGAACGUUUCAGAAAAAAAAGUUUUAAAAAA